CCAUGACAACGCUUAUGUUUUAUUAUUUGUUCGAUACAGAAUUUGGGAACGUAGGUAAUACUUAGUUUAUUUUGGAAGGGAACGGAGCACUUCCAAGGGAAGGGAACGGAGCACUAAUACGGACGGACGUUAGCGAUAUCGGAACGGAUUUAGAAGAAGAAAAAAAUGCUGAAAUUACAAAUAGCCAACGAACAGGACAGAAAAGAAGCACAGAAUAGAGAGAGGAGGAGACAGUGUGAACUAGAAAGGAGAAAUAGGAUCUUCAAUGCGAGAAACAGGAAAAUUGGUGUAGAUGUUCCGUUCCUCGAGCGUCAGGUCCAAGAGAAGAGAUCAGAACGAGAGGAGCAGCAAAGACGGGAGCUGGCCUUCGCGCAACAGAUGAUCAAAGACAGUAACCUGGCCGCGGUCUUAGAAGCCAGACAGAGAGAAGAACGUCGUCGUAUCGGCUUGGAAAUAGACAAGUACCGUCAGAAUUACCAACGAACCGAGGAUCGACGCGAGUUUGACCUGAACGACCCCGACGUUCUUAAGAAGCAGCUGCCCCCGAGAGCUUCCGAUGGUGAUCCUGUCGGAAUGUCCAGUGCACAAAAAUUCGAAGGUGAAGAUUUAAAUUACGAAGAACGGAAGAAGCUGAUGGCGGCCCAGAAGAACGCCUGGCUCGAACAGCAGGUCCAAGAACGGAAGGGCGCCGAGGAAGAACGCAAAAAAGCCGAAGCAGCAUAUAUGAUGGCAAUAAAAGCUCGCGACCUAAGAGCCAGUGAGCUUGACAAGCUUGAGCGAGAAUGUCGCUACAGACUCGGGCAGGCCAAUUUGCGGUAUAAUGAAGCUUUGGCGGCAGAAAAGAAACAAAUUGAGCAGAUAAUGAAAGAGCAGGAAGAGGCUGACAACACAGCUGAGAUGUACAACAAUCUUACAUCGGACAUGCUCACCGAGAACCCUGAUGUCGCCAAGAGUGCACUGGGACAAAACAGAGCGAUCGGGUUCAUGUACAAGGGUAUGAAUCAAGAGGAGCUUAAGAAAUUCUACGCAGGGCAAAAGGAACAAAUGGAAGCUGCGAAGGUUAAACGUGAGGCCGAACAAAAGAUGGAAGCUGAAUGGCAAGCGCUGUCCAAAUCAAUUCAGAGAGAAGUUGCUGUCCAAGACAUUGAGGAUAAACGAAAACGAAGGGAAAUGGCUCGACAGUUGAUGGAAGAGAAUCAACUGAUGGCUUUACAGCAAAAGGAAAGGGAGAAAUACUUCCGAGAAGUGGUCUACAACAACACGCCAACCGACGAUUAUUAUUCUCAGUUCAACACUACCACGAGAUAAAUUUGAUUCACGCGCUUUUAUUACUGAUCUCUUAUAAACAAAAUAUUAAACAGAAAGACUUAAAAGUCAUAAUGCACAUAUAUUUGAGUAGAGUAAAUCUUUAAAAUGAAUCUGUUAGUACUGUAAUAAUUUAAAAUUGCCGUAUUAAGGAUAGAAAUCGAUUCAAAGUAAGUCACCUCGAUGACAGAACUUGUGGCUUUUAAUAAAUAACAAAUUUCCUAAUAAAAAACCUUACCAAGCGCCACAAAAACUAUAUUUGCAUGUAAUUUUUUAACUACAAUUUUAAUAAUAAUUAUAGAUCGUUAUAAUAUAAUGGAAACGCAAAAUUUGUAGCUGCUAUUUUAAAGUCUAAUAAUGCGACCAAUACUAAUAUUUGAUUAUUAUAUUGUUAACGAUGGUUUUACACUGCAUUUGCUUUUGGUACUUCUAAAUUAAACGGACAGUUUUUGACAUAUUUUUUAUUUUGGUAGCAUAGACUGUUAAAUAUGGUCACACUGACAACUCACUUGAGCGUUAAUUUAAACAAAAUAUUCUAUAAGCGGUUAACUUAACUAUAAAGUUAUAACGUCACGUCGGUUGUUCUUUUUCGAGACAUUAGAUAAUUUUAUUUUAAUAAUGUCCCUUCAAGCCUAACCGAGAGCCGGCGACGCGUAAAUGCAAAUGCGGUUUCAACACCACUGAAAUUCAAACACAACUACCGACUAGUCAAUCCAUUUGACUUUACUUGGCAAUUAUUGGAAUUCGCGUAUUGAUGAUUUGUUUUUAGUUUAGAAAUAGCUAGACUUUUUCGCGGCAGAAAUAGGCAGGGGACACAUACUAUUGAGAGCUCAAAACACCACAAUCUGUACAAAUUUGUAAGAUUUGCGGAUUUUGUACUAUUAUUAUUGCGGAUAUAUUGUACAUUUUAUACGUUCACAAAAAACAAAUUAUUGUUUUUUAUUUUACGAACAUUUUUUAUUAUUAGAUUUACGUGACAAAUUUAAUACUGAAGACAGCAAAUAAAACAAUAUUUAUAACAAAGAAA